CCGGCCUCGCGGAUCGCCCUUUAUUGCUCACUUUAGAGGACGGAGGUGCCCAGUCCUAUGAAGCACACCACUCCUGUCGCUGGCAGGGUCUGGGAGUCAGGGUCCCUGGGUUCUACCCCUCACUCGCACGGACGUUGCGUGACCUAGGCACCCUUUUUUACCUGGGCCUCAGUUUCCCCAUCCAUAAAAUAGGGGAGGGCUGGAUCUGCCAAGCGCUAGUAUUCCAGAACUUACAGAACUUACGUCGGAUGCGGAAGAGGGGGAGAAGGGGACCUACACGUGACCUCCCCUCGCGGGGCCCCGCCUAUCCCUGGUCCAGGGGAUGGAAGCGCCCAGCGAGGACGGGCGGGGGUGGGCGGAUCCUAAGAAACCCGACCUGGCCGCCCUUGGCAGCGGCUAAGGCUGAGCGCAGCUCGGCGGCCGGCCAGCCCUGGCGUCGGCACCAGAGGAGGAUGGGGACCGCAAACUGGGCUUCGCAGGGGGCCACCGUGGAGGAAAGGGCCGUGCAAAGACUCGGCGUGUGACUCAGAGCGCAUCUGGGAGGAUGGACGAGGGGACGGGAGGCAGCUAACGGAGCUUCCUCUCUGCUCCCGGUCUGCGGAGGCGCACGUCGCGGGUCCCGAGCGGCCCCCGUCGACAGCAGCGGCAGCGCUGAGCUAGUCUCGGGCCAUGAGGAGCGCUCGGACCGCCCAGCCCGGGGCUAUAGUCGGGUCUGGCCGCGCCCUGCCGCGCUGAGGGCGUGAGGCCGAGAGGGGCGCGGGAGGCCGCGCUGCGCCGGAGCGCACCGCCAUGGCGAGGGAGGAGUGCAAGGCGCUGCUGGACGCGCUCAACAAGGCGACAGCUUGCUACCACCACCUGGUGCUGACCGUCGGCAGCUCGGCGGAUUCGCAGAACCUGCGGGAGGAGCUGCAGGAGACGCGCCAGAAGGCGCAGGAGCUGGCAGUGACCACCCGCGCCCGGCUGACGGCCGCGCUGCGCGACCGGGGCCUGGGCGCCGAGGAGCGCGCCGAGUUCGAGCGCCUCUGGGUGGCCUUCUCCGGCUGCCUGGACCUGCUGGAAGCCGACAUGCGGCGUGCGCUGGCGCUAGGCACCGCGUUCACGCUGCACGCGCCGCGGCGGCCGCUCGUGCACACGGGGGUGACCGGUGGUGCGGAGAGCAUAGCGGCGCGCGCCCUGAGCGUCCGCAGGCUGCGGCACGAGGCGGAGCGAGACUUCGACGUGAACGACCUGCACGAGCUGGAGCGGGAGAUCCUUCAGGUGGGCGAGAUGAUCCACGACAUGGAGAUGAAGGUCAACGUGCCCCGCUGGACGGUGCAGGCCCGGCUGGCAGCGGGCGCCGAGCUUCUAUCCAGCGCCGGCGCCUCUUCGGCGGGCGGCGUGUCCAUAGAAGAGCGCACGAGGCCCUGCGACCUGAGCAAGGCUCUGGCCGCCGCCGUCUUCAGCGCCGUGCUGCUGGUGGCUGUGGCACUAGCCGUGUGCGUGGUGAAGCUGAGCUGACCCGACACCCGACGGCUCCCCGCCGCCACAGCGUCCUCCCCAGGGGUAGCCCUCCGGGAAAGACCGCAACCCGGAUGGAAAUGGGAUCUGGCAUGUUUAAGGGAAGCGGUUCUAAAACCCUGUGUAUGUACGUCUCCACGCGUAUUUCAAGCACACAUCUCCUUGGGCAGAACAUGGUUUCCUCUUGCUGGCCGGGGAAGUGUUAAUUUUGUGCGGGCCGCCGGCGUAUUGCCACUAAUAUAUGCAGGAGCUUUAUCCCCUAUUAAUAGAAAACCGGCCACAGUGACCCCAGAUUCCUCCGAGUUAAUGCGUUACCGCAUGUGCUGCUGGGGCGUGUUUACACUGAGGCUGAGUUUGGGGCCCCCACCCCUGCCGGCGAUACCCACUCUCCGGGUGGGGCACUUUGGAAAAUGGGGUGAGGUCAAAUGAACUGCGGAAAAGGGGGCUGUUUUGCUGUGUGUAGGUGGUGGUUUUGUUUCUUACGCAAGAAACAAAUUGCAGUAAGAUGUAAGCAGUUUUUAUUACCUUAAUCCUUUGGGGCCUAAGUUUAGGAGGGUGUGCAAAUAGCAAUUUAUCGCAGUGCUUUCUCUAUGGCUCACGAUUGCGCUUUUUGGCGGAAUUUAUCCAUUAGUCACCAAAAGCAGCUAGAAGAGGUUUGGGGUCGUGAUCUCCCGCGCAGGGUCUGACUCUACUUAGGAAACCAGAGAAGGGCUGUUGAACCUGCCCUCAGGGGCUGGGAUCCACUGCACACUCUUGCCCAUGGAAAAGGAGCGGGGCAAGCUUUGGGAAGGACUACCUGGCGUUUAAACAGGCACUGUCUCCUUCGCUGGGGCUUAUUUUUGUUCCAGAACUAGAGCAGUUGUUGAUCCUCCUUUGGGGGG